UUACCUUUAUUCUUUCAUGCAGUAUUUUGUCAAUAAAACAGAAAUUGAGGACUUCCCACGGUUUUCGUUUAGAGGGCUUUUGCUAGACACGUCCAGGCACUAUUUACCAGUACAUGCUAUACUGAAGACUCUGGAUGCCAUGGCUUAUAAUAAAUUUAAUGUUUUUCACUGGCACAUUGUGGAUGAUCCUUCUUUCCCUUACCAGAGCCACACAUAUCCUGAUUUGAGCAACAAGGGAGCCUUUCACCCUGUGACUCACAUUUACACACAGUCAGACGUGAGAAAGGUAAUCACUCAUGCAAGGGUUCGAGGAAUCAGGGUGGUGCCAGAGUUUGAUUCUCCUGGACACACUCAAUCUUGGGGUAAAGGGCAGCCAGACCUGCUGACGCCUUGCUAUAAGAGAGCUAUUCCCUCUGGAACAUUCGGCCCCAUCAACCCAACUUUAAGCUCCAGUUACCAGUUCAUGAACAGCCUCUUUAAAGAGGUAACCUCAGUAUUUCCUGACUCCUUUGUUCACCUCGGGGGCGAUGAGGUUGACUUCAAGUGCUGGAAAUCAAAUCCUAAUGUGCAGGCAUUUAUGGCGAAGAUGGGCUUUGGGCAUGAUUAUAGCAAACUGGAAUCUUUUUACAUGGAAAGUAUUAUGAACAUCACUGCUGCCUUUAACAAGACCUCCAUUGUUUGGCAGGAUGUUUUCGAUCACAACAAGUCAGUAAGUUCCCCAUAUGUGGUGGAGGUGUGGAAAAGAGGAUGUUACCUAUGUAAGGUGCGCCAGGUGGCUAAGGCUGGACUGAAGGUCAUCUUAGCAGCUCCAUUCUAUCUGGACCUGCCUGGACCCACACACAACUGGGUUCGCUACUACACUGUGCGCCCUCUUUCUUUUAAAGGCACAGAGCAGCAGAAGAAGCUGGUGAUUGGUGGUGAGGUCUGCAUGUGGGGAGAAUAUGUGGAUGCAACCAACCUCAGUCAACGGCUAUGGCCUAGAGCAAGUGCAGCUGCUGAGAGGUUAUGGAGUAAUGAAGAGCAGACGUCUAGUGUGGAUAAGGCCAUUCCUCGCCUACAGGACUUCCGCUGUAAAAUGAUACGGCGUGGCAUUCAAGCAGAACCUCUGUUUAUAGGCCACUGCAGACAAGAGUAUAGUGGUCUAUAGAAUACCUGGAUCAUGGCAGAAGCAUAAGAAAAUGUUAUACAUAGGGACUUUGCUUGUUUUAUCCUAAAGAGUAGUGAAUUUAUUCAUCAAAAUGAUUUAACUGAGGAGAAGAAAUGUAUCAUGGCUUCAUAGAACAGCAGUGGAAAUUAAUUUAUUUAUCUUAAUUUAAACUCAUGACUGUUUUGUAGAAUGAAGACUUUUUG